AGCCACUGGCACGCGCACGGGCAUGAAGACGCCGCGCGGCCGACAUGGAGACGAGCCGGGUCCGAGGCGUGUGCACGCUGACUGCGCUGCUGCUGCUGCUGUGCGUGUGCGUGUGGCCGCCGAGCUGCGGCGCCAGCUGGAUGUUGUUGGGUUUGAGUUCUGCGGGUCAAGCCGACGAGGCAGGCUGCUCUGAACUUCCUCUGAGUGCCCAGCAGAGGGAGGUGUGCCGAAAAAGGACUUUUCUGAUCCCCAGCAUUCGGGACGCUGCCCGGCUGGCCAUUAGCGAGUGUCAGAACCAGUUCCGACACGAGCGCUGGAACUGUUCCACCCGCCAACACCCGUCCGUCUUUGGCCACGAGCUGACAAGCGGAACCAAGGAAACAGCCUUCCUUUACGCGGUGAUGGCGGCCGGGCUGGUCCACGCCGUCACGCGCUUUUGUAGCCACGGCAACGUGAGCGAGUGCGGCUGCGACGCCCGCCUGAAGGGGGCGGGUUCUCCCGCCGAGGGUUGGCACUGGGGAGGCUGCUCGGACCACGUCCAGUACGGGACCUGGCUUAGCCGCAGGUUCAUCGAUCAUGCCGCCAAAAACACGUCGACCGACGCCAGAGGCCACGCCCUCCUCAACAUGAACGUGCACAACAGCGAGGCGGGGCGCCAGGCUGUCGUCAUGACGAUGUCCACCGACUGUCGCUGUCACGGCGUGUCGGGCUCGUGCGCCGUCAAGACGUGCUGGAGGACCAUGGCGCCGUUCGGCCAGGUGGGCGGCUACCUGAAGGAGCGCUACGAGCACAGCGUCCAGCUGUGGGCGGGCGGCAGGAGGAAAAGCAAAAGAAAGGAGCCGCCACGGCGCCCCCCGGUGGACAAACACCAGCUGGUCUUUAUCAACAAGUCGCCCAACUACUGCCUGGAGAACCGCCGCUGGGGCGUGUUCGGCACCAGGGGGCGCCGCUGCAACCGCACCUCCAGCGGGCCCGACGGCUGCAAGCUGCUCUGCUGUGGGCGUGGCUACAACACGCACGUGGAGCGUCACGUGCACCGUUGCGCGUGCAAGUUUGUGUGGUGCUGCUACGUGCGCUGCAGGCGCUGCGAGAGUAUGAGCGACACGCACACGUGUAAGUGAGCGCCGGUGCUGCCCCCUGGUGGUCACCUGCUGCCUUGGCGCUACGCGGACAAUACGGCUCCCGCAACUGACUUCUUUCGCUCGCCCCUUGGACUCAUUGGUGCUAAAUCUUCAACCAAAAAAACUGAAAAAGCAGAUGGAGAAGUUUAGAAAAUAAAUAAUUUUGCUUUAAUGAAUAACAACUAUUUUGUGCAGUACCAUUUUCAGCCACAUGGGGGGAAAACUUUGCCCUUUUUUACUUGGGAGAAAAAGUAUGUUUUAUUGACUUUUACUUAGACAAACUUUAAUGAUCCAAAAGGGAAAUUGUUCCACACAGUAGCUCAGUUACAAAGGAUGGAAAGUGUAAGGAUUGAAAGGAUAAUGCAGGUAUAAAGUAGUCUAAAAAUGUACCUUAGUAGCAAUAUAAAAUAUAACAUUUGUAAUAUUUACAUAUUAUAUAUACAGUAUAUGAUAUAUAUACUGAUGUAUUAUAUUUUUAUAUAAUAUAUACCAAUUACCAUGUACAAUAUUGCAGUAUAUGUAACAGCUGCAGCAUAAAACAGGGCUGUUGCUAAGAAUUCUGGGCCCCCUGAAAGAGUAUGGAUGUGGGCCCCUUUAACCCAUUCAUUGCCACCUUCAAUUGUCUUGUUUUUCGGUGUUCUUGACGGGGCCUGGUGUGAUGGACCCAAUUUGUGUCCUUUUCUUUUUACGAUUAAGGACUUAACAAGUCAGAGUAUUAUUAUGUAAAUUAUGUAUU